UACGUCUCAUAUGCUUGCCGAAAAUAAAGCCUUAUUCCUCUUCACUCUUCACUCUCUUCUCUCCUCUUCUCCUUUAGAUAGUCCUCUCUUUCGUCUGCCAUUUUAACCUCACUGAUAAACUACCCAAUCAUCAUGCCUGCUGCAUAUCCUAAUUUCCCUUUACUCUCACUCCCCGUCGCAGCUGGAAUUGCUUAUGCGCCCCACUUUAUUCACGCCUUGAUCGUCAUCAACGCCACUAAACGAUGGAACAACAUCAGUCCUAGGGACCAACUUGAGAAGAUUGAGAACCGCAUGUCAAAGGCGGCCUGGGCUAUGGCUAAACGUACCAAAAGUGCUCAUAUCAAUGGCCUAGAGACAUUACCUAUCUUCUACGGCGCUGUUCUUGCUGCACUUCAAGCAGGAGUUGCAAAGGAUACAAUUAACUUUUAUGCCGGUUUCUUUGUUGCAUCUCGCGCAUUGUACACACUCGUGUAUAUCUUCAAUACAAAUCAGAUCACAGCUCUCGCACGUACCGGUAUUUGGGCUGCAGGAAUGGCUGCAUGUGUCAAGCUCUUCUUGGCCGCAGCCGCAACAAAAUACUGAAGUAAUGAUUAUUAAGACCUUGUUAGUACUAAGAUAGUCAGUCAUUUUGAUUAAAACUCUUACAAUUCAUGUG